AUGAAAGAAAUUCUUGGUUUGGCAAGUGUGAUACUUAUUGGGAUUACCCUUUACAUGAAUGGAUAGAGUGAAAUUUCUUCUUAAAAUUAAUUUUAAUAAUGGCAAUCACUUCACUCUAAAUUUUAUACACAAAUUGAGGAAUAAUAUCGUAGAAUGAUCUUUGAACAAAACAAAAAAAUGAUUGACGAACACAAUGCUAAUCCUGAAAACACCUACACAAUGGCACUUAAUUAAUUUGCCGAUUUGACAACUGAAGAAUUCGUAGCAACUUAUUUAGAUUCAUAAUUAUCUGCCGGAUUAAAAAAGAGAUCAGUAAAACCUAAGUCUCAAUCCAUACCAAAUGAAGCUUAUGAUUGGAGAAACACAACAAGUGUGAGAGACAUGAAAUCUGGGUGCAUUUCAAGUUGGGCUUUUUCAACUGUUGGAGCGGCCGAAUCAUAUUUAACUGUGGUGAAAUCUUAAAAACUAUCACUUUCCCCAUAAUAACUAUUGGACUGUGAUGCAACAUCAUUCUCUUGCAAUGGAGGUGUCCCCUAUAAAGGUUUAAACUACAUUGCUGACAAUGGUAUUACAGUUGAAUCUGUUUACCCAUACACAGCCAAAUUCUCACCAUGCAAAAGAGAGGGAGGACCAUAUACUAUCAAUGGUAAUGAAGAUGUUGACGAUCUUAAAAGUGCAUUGAGAUAAUACGGAGUCUCAGUAUUUGUAGAUGCUACAAAUUGGCAAUUUUAUUCAAAAGGAAUAUUUAGCAAUUGUGAAGACAAUGUCAACUUUGCAGCUACAGCAAUUGGAUUCACUGAAACAUAUUGGAUUGUUUAAAGUUCAUAUGGUACAUCCUGGGGAUAAAAUGGAUAUAUUUAUUUGGCACCAGGAGAUACAUGCGGUAUUGAAUCCUUUGGUGUUAGAGCUAUUUGAUUAUUUAUCAUAUGAAUAAUAAAAAUA